GGAUGUGACUACAGCCUCUCUGUCGCGUGCCUCAUCGGCCCUUUAAUCGGUCCGCCGUUUGUUUGUGUCCCUCCUGCCUUUUACCGUCGAAAUGGAGCUCGGUGGAAAUUAGCAGGCGUGUACCCCUUCGAGUCCUCACCCUUCCCGUUGGAGAAUGAUCCACCGGCAGGUUAUUUUAUCCCAGGUUUUGGUCUGCUUUGGGUUGACUGGUCAUUAUGCUGAUGCAGCUCUGUAGUAUCAAGAACUUGUACCAGAAUCGGUUCCUGGGGCUGGCGGCCAUGGCCUCCCCGACCCGCAGCAGCCAGACCCGCCAGCGCUGCAAGGAUGCGGUUCGUCACAGCUACGGCCCGGACACCUACACCGUCAAUGGUCUGAACCAGGAGGCCUUCAUGCUGGGGCUGUCGCGCUCCACCAGCGACACCGAUCUGGUCUCCCCGGACGCUCGCUCCACCCUCACCAUCAGCUCCUCCCACUACACUAUAGGUCAGUCUGAAGACCUGGUGAUCACAUGGGACAUCAAGGAGGAGGUGGAUGCUGGAGACUGGAUUGGCAUGUACCUUAUUGAUGAGGCUUUGUCUGAGAACUUUCUGGACUACAAGAAUCGAGGCAUCAAUGGAUCUCACAAGGGACAGAUCGUUUGGAAAAUUGACUCCAGCGCAAACUUCAGUGACUCUGAGACGCAGGUCUGCUUCAGGUACUACCACGGUGUCACCGGAGCGCUGAGGGCAACCACACCCAGCAUAACUAUAAAGAAAGGCCCUGCACCUGUAUUAAAGCCAGUGGUUAGUCCUGAAGUCAACCAUGGACUGGGCAACAGGAGACUCAUUAACUUUUCCCUGUCAGACCUCCAGGCAGUUGGUUUGAAGAAGGGGAUGUUCUUCAACCCCGACCCCUACCUGAAGCUUUCCAUCCAGCCUGGAAAGCACAGCAUCUUCCCCUCGCUGCCACACCACGGCCAGGAGAAGCGCUCCGGAGUGGUCUGCAACACAGUCAACCCACAGUGGAGCACCGAGAGGUUCAACUUCGUGUCUCUCCCCACGGACGUCCUGGAGAUCGAGGUGAAGGAUAAGUUUGCCAAGAGUCGGCCGAUCAUCAAGCGUUUCCUGGGGAAGCUCUCUGUCCCUGUCCAGAGGCUGCUGGAAAAACACGCCAUUGGGGAUCGGGUGGUGAGUUAUUCGCUGGGUCGCAGGUUGCCAACAGAUCAUGUCUGCGGCCAGCUGCAAUUCCGCUUUGAGCUGACCUCUUCUAUUCACCCAGAUGAUGAGGAGAUCUCCCUGGUCAUAGAGUCAGCCUGUCCUGAGGGGGGAAAUGCAGCCAACGACAACCAUGUUGAUGAAGACACACUUAGUGUGGGACCUGACAUGCCUGACCUCCCCCUGGAUGUCCCUCCUGACCCUGAGACCUCUGUGCCCUCAGCCUCCACAGCGGAAGCAUCCACACCUGAGGAGGUCCGUCCUGCUGAGACAGAGGAGGCUGAGGUGACACCAGAGGUGGAGCAAGAAACUGUGGAGGAGGAGAGCACAGUGAGGGAGGAGCCUCCGUCUGUGGAGCCACAGGUUGAGCAGCAGGAGGGGAGCAGUGGAGAGGUGGGAGAGGAGGGAGGAGAGGAGAGGCAGCAGGAUGAAGGAGAGGGGGAGCAGAGAGCAGAGUCUGCACCACCAGCUGAGGAGGAGACGACAGCAGAAGAAAAGGAGGAUGGGGAGGAAACAUGGCCACAGCCAGACUCUGACAAUCCUGUAGCAGUAACAGUAAACAGUGGGGCUGCUACCAUGGAGGCCCCCACAGAGGGAGACACCACGUCCCAGGAGGCCCCUGUAGAACCAGCUGAAGGGGCCCCACAGGAGGUGACACAGGGAGAGGAAAGAAACUGUGUCCCCUGCACCUGCCCAUCCAUCUUCUCAAACUACAACUCCCACGCUCCCUCGCGCCGCAAAAACCGCCCCUGCUCCCUUCCCGUGUCGGAGCUGGAGACGGUGAUCGCGUCGGCCUGCGGUGAACCGGAGACGCCUCGGUCCCACUACAUCCGGAUCCACCACCUCCUCCACAGCCUCCCCUCGGCCCAGCACAGAGCUCCCAGCCAGGAGGACGAGGAGGAGACAGGGGAGGGAGAGAACACAAGCACCACACAAGAUACCAACUCCACAUCACCAACGCUUAAAUCCUCGAAAGAUCAGGACGGGCAGGAGGACGAGGACGAGGAGGAUACAACCCAGUCCCCCUCUCAGGUCCCAGAGUGUCCAGGCCCCUGCUGCCGUCGCUCCCUACCCCGCAGCCUCUCCAUUGAGCGCCUCUCUGAGCUGAACCAGCUCCUGGAGGGAGAGGGAGGAGGAGGAGGACACACAGUGGUCAGGAGGAUCUCUCCGUCCUGCCUGGAGAGCGAGGAGGGGGAUUCCAGUAACGGAGGAGGGAGAAGAGUCGGCGGCAGCACCCACAGACAUCCCGGUGAGAACGAGUGCGAGUUCUGUGACACCUCCUGCUACAGCACUUCCUGCUACAGCACUUCCUGUUACAGCACGUCGUGCUACAGCAACUCGGGCUACGAGGGGAGGAGCCGCUUCUGCAGCCACACACGCCUCUCCUCGGUGGACAGCAACAGGCUCUCCGGCAGCACUGUGUUCUCCUCACAGGACGAAGAUGAAGAUGAGGAGAGCGCCUUCGAGUCGGUGCCUGAAGCCGGCCACACGCCAGAGGGCCAGGAGGUGGGCGGGGCAGGAGGAGAGAGGAGGGCGGGGAGAUGGAAGGAGGCCAGGAGAGGAGAGCAGGGGGAACCAGCUGUAGCGGGGCCCAGCGAUAGAAACAACAUCGGCUCAGGCUUCUCCCCUCCUGUUGGCAAUCUUCCAGUCCUGCGACCCAGCCAUGACCUAAACCAUUCUCCUGCUGCCACUGACCAAGCCUUACCUCCAAACUGGGAGGCUCGCAUCGACAGCCACGGCAGAGUUUUCUAUGUGGACCACGUCAACCGGACCACGACCUGGCAGAGACCGAACCACGGGGGCAAGUGUAACCAUGGCAUCCCCCGCUCAGGAUCCACACAGCAGAUGGAACAACUCAACAGAAGGUACCAGAACAUCCAGAGGACCAUGGCCACAGAGGAGGACGGAGGGAGCCCCAGGUUGGAGCGGAGCAGCAGCACAGAGACCGAUCCUGAUUCUGCCCCGCCAGGCCCCGCCUCUCCUGUCAAUCACCAGAAGGUCAGCAAUCUCCUUCAGUCACCUGCCGUCAAGUUCAUCACACACCCAGAGUUCUUCACUGUGUUGCACAGUAACUAUGCAGCCUACCGGAUGUUCACCAGCAGCAGCUGUGUGAAACACAUGAUCCUGAAGGUGCGUCGCGAUGCCAGGAACUUUGAGCGCUACCAACAUAAUCGGGACCUGGUGGUUUUCCUCAACAAGUUCGCAGACACUCAGCUAGAGCUGCCGAGAGGCUGGGAGAUCAAGACCGACCCCCAGGGCAAGUCCUUCUUUGUAGACCACAACAGUCGAGCCACCACCUUCAUCGACCCUCGUAUCCCUCUGCAGAACGGCCGGCUGCCCGGCCACCUCGCCCACAGACAACAUCUGCAGAGACUACGCAGCUACAGCGCUGGAGAGGCCUCUGAUGUGUCCAGGAGUCGGGGGGCCUCUCUGAUGGCCCGGCCUGGAAACAGCCUGGUAGCUGCCAUACGAAGCCAGCACAACAACUCACAGCUGACCGCUCCAUCGUACAAUGACAAGAUUGUGGCGUUCCUCCGACAGCCGAACAUAUUUGACAUGUUGCAGGAGCGACAGCCCAGCCUUAGCAGAAACCAUGCACUGAGGGAGAAGAUCCACUAUAUUCGGACAGAAGGAACUCAGGGGGUGGAGAAGUUGUCAUGUGAUGCAGACCUCGUCAUCCUGUUAAGCUUAUUUGAAGAGGAGAUCAUGUCUUAUGUUCCACCUCACCCCAUCCACCCCGGCUUCAGCUUCUCUCCUCGCUGUUCCCCCGCCUCCUCACCACAGAACUCUCCUGGCCUGCAGAGAGCCAGAGCUCCAGCUCCUUACCGCAGAGACUUUGAAGCCAAACUAAGAAACUUCUACAGGAAAUUAGAAGCCAAGGGCUACGGGCAGGGACCUGGAAAGAUCAAGUUGCUGAUCAGGAGAGAACACUUGCUGGAGGGAACCUUCAACCAGGUGAUGGCGUACUCCCGCAAAGAGCUGCAGAGGAACAAACUCUACGUCACUUUCCUGGGAGAGGAGGGAUUGGACUACAGUGGUCCAUCCAGAGAGUUCUUCUUCCUCUUGUCUCAGGAGCUGUUUAAUCCGUACUACGGCCUGUUUGAAUACUCCGCCAACGAUACAUACACCGUUCAAAUCAGCCCCAUGUCAGCGUUUGUUGAGAACCAUCUGGAAUGGUUCCGUUUCAGUGGUCGUAUCCUGGGCCUGGCUCUGAUCCAUCAGUACCUGCUGGAUGCUUUCUUCACCAGACCCUUCUACAAGGCACUGCUCAGACUGCCGACAGACCUGUCUGACCUGGAGUAUCUGGAUGAGGAGUUCCACCAGUCUCUGCAGUGGAUGAAAGACAACGACAUCACUGACAUCUUGGACCUCACCUUCACCGUCAAUGAGGAGGUCUUUGGCCAGGUGACAGAGCGGGAGCUGAAGUCGGGCGGCACCAACCUCCAGGUGACUGAGAAGAACAAGAAGGAUUAUAUAGAGCGAAUGGCCAAGUGGAGGGUGGAGAGAGGAGUGGUGCAGCAGACAGAGGCGCUGGUCAGAGGCUUCUACGAGGUGGUUGACUCCAGGCUGGUGUCUGUGUUUGACGCACGGGAGCUGGAGCUAGUUAUCGCUGGUACAGUUGAGAUCGACCUCAGUGACUGGAGGACCAACACCGAGUACAGAGGAGGUUACCAUGAUGGUCACAUAGUGAUGCGGUGGUUCUGGGCUGCCGUGGAGCGCUUCAACAACGAGCAGCGUCUCCGCCUGCUGCAGUUUGUCACCGGGACGUCCAGCGUGCCCUACGAAGGCUUCGCCGCACUGCGGGGAUCCAACGGCCUGCGACGAUUCUGCAUUGAAAAGUGGGGCAAAGUUACAUCACUACCCAGGGCUCACACCUGUUUUAACCGUCUGGACCUGCCUCCGUACCCUUCAUACACCAUGCUGUAUGAGAAACUGCUGAUCGCGGUGGAGGAAACCAGCACGUUCGGCCUGGAGUGAGACAGACGAGACAGACAAAUCAACACUGCGUCCCUCUCCAUGUGACACUGAGUGGGUUAAAAUGCGGGGGGGAAACAAAGCAGCUCCUGUGGGCUUAACUCGUCAUAAAGAUACCUGGAUUGUACUCGACAAAGUUUUUGGGUCAUGUGGAUGUACGUCACUGUUACGGUACUGUGUGUUCGAGUCUCUCACCUAGCUAUGAGGAUCUUUAUGACUGCACCCAGCACUUCGUACACCACAGCAGGACUAUGGUUAUUUUUGUUGUAAUCAUAAAGACUGGAGAACAAGUAACAGUACAACAGAUAUAUAGAUCAAUCAGAGUUGCACGUACCAAAAUGAUCAUCCAUCCGAUGAUGAAAAAAUACAGUUAUAGAAGAUUCUGAAAACAAGGCCUUUACGUAAAGUCUAACACAUUAUUAUGAUCGCUAAAUACUUGAGAUCUUGUUGGAAUUUAUCUUUAAAUGUAUGCUUACACCUGGGUUGAAACUUUAAAGUCACAGAAAGGAUUUUAACGACAAGAGUGAGGCAUGAUAAAACGUACAGUGUGCUCAUAUACUGUAACGACGAAGAAUCAAGUCAGACAGAAAGCUAAGAGAAAUAUAGACAGAGACUACGACUGCACAAAUAAUGCAAACAGUGCACAUACACGACAAAGCUUCAGGUUUGCCUAAAUGAAAAUUGUUCAGUUCAGAUGAAUCUAUAAAUACGGCUUUAACAAAGUUAAAGGUUGCAGAUUUUAAAAAGCUCCUCAGAUGGUCGCAAACUCUGUUAGCCCCGGUGCCAAAGGUACAAUCAUGACUGGUUUUCAAUCUGGAGAGCCUACUUCAUUGUGAUCAUUAGGUAUUUUACCUCCAGUAGGAACCUGCCUGAGGAUCUGAGAUUGGGAUCUGGUACAUAAAUAACUAAAGAAAUGCAAUGUAGCUUUGUGCCAGACACCAGGCAUUUAAAGGCUUCAGGGGCGAUCAGUUGAACCUUACAAUCACGUCUAAAACUGUAACUAAUGUAAAGAUGCUUGAAUUAUAAAUAUAUAUAUAUAUACAUAUAUAUUGUCUGUUUGCUCCAGUUAGAGCUGCGGAACCAACAGGAGCCUGAAGGAUGGAUGACAUUUUUAGACCACUUAGCUUUUGGGUUGAAGUUCAAGAAAUCAUGACAAAAGAGGGCGAUGAAGGAUUCCUGCACUUUGCAAGGUGAUUUCAAGCCAAAUGUGAAGGCAAAAUAUAUGCAGAUGAUUUAUUAAGUGCAGGUAGAGCCCUGUAAAAUUAUAAGAAAAUAGAGCCUAAAUCUGAGCCCUGAGGAACUAUGAGGAUUUCAAUGACUUACUGGGUGUAAAUGAGCUGGAACACUGAAGGGAUACAUCCAUGUCAGUAAUACUGAAGCCAACCACACACAUUGUCUUGUUAUACUCUCAGAUAACUAUAGCAAUUAUGUUUCUUUUUCAAGCAAUGUCAAUGUCUUCAACAAGCUCUCUGUGAUGAGCAGAGACACGAGAGAAGUGCUGAAAGUCUUUCUUUUGCUAAGGAAUAGGAAAGGUCUGACAGUGGAAAGAGGAAUGUAGGGAUACUUCAUUAACAAUUGGCCUUUGGUAUAAUUCAGAUACAGACCACUGACAGCAAAUCCAGGUAAAGGGUGUGGUAUAUCCCCUUCAAGUGUCAGCAACUGCUACAAUACUUUAUCCAGUUCGGAUACUCAAGAAGUAUUGUAUCGUCCAGGAAGGCCUACAUCCGGACCUGCGCCAUCCUAUUCUCUGUCUCUGUCUGGUUCAGUCCAAAGUGAGGACAGUAGCUGGACGCAGACCUUUCAUGUUCCCCUCUGGAUGGACAGCGGUGUUACUGACAAAGAACUCCCGACAGUCUCUCCAAGCUUUCUUGCUCUGCCAUGCUUUCAAAGGCAGAGACAAUGAUGUCACGUCUCCUCUAUCAACGUAGCCAUCAAUGCCAACUCAAGGGCUCCUGGGAUUCCUUCUGUGGAGACUGAGGGGGGAUCAUGGUGACCAGGCAAACAGGAAGUUCAUCAUUCCUUGAUGACAAAGAAUGCACACAUGGAAACUGUCUCCAGCUGACUGAAGGGGACGUUCUAUGAAUACUUUCAGCCCGAGCAGUACUUCACCUUUAGUGAUCCUGCUGUUUGAAUGGGAGAAGCUUGUACCCUUAUUCAAGUCCUCCACCGGUGAACUCGUUCUCUCUGACUGUGUACCUCCACCGUGGUGUUGCUCUUUGUACGGAGCAGGUACUCCACCAUCUCAAACCUUUACUGUCUCAGACAAUGUGACUGGUGCAAAGCAGCAUGUAGGUCUCCAAGGGCCUGGGAUCACUGGAUCGGCUCCCUGAACCGGUCCGUCCCUUGUGGUAUAUACUUGUAACGUGUACAGCGGCCCUUGGACAAACCAGUGUAAUAUAUGCAAUAGUUAAGACCUUUACUCCAAUGUGUUCCACAGUCUACCAUGUUCUCUCAGACAAUGACUGACCGCAGUGUACCCUCAGCAUUCCCAGCCCCUUGUCUACACCUGUAGUCCAGUAAUGGAACUGUGCCUCAGUGACUUACUGCCUCAUAAGUGGCCCAUGGGGUUGUGGCGCUUUGUGGUUAGUACUUGAGCCUGACAUAAGGAAAGUCCUGAGUUCAGAUAUUUGCCUUGGUUCUUUUUGAAAACACUUUGCAUGUUCUCCCAGUGUUCGUGUGGGUUUCCUCUCACGCUUUAAACACAGGUCAGGUUCAUCAGAGACUCUUGAUAGCCCAUUUACACUUCGCCACCUCAUGCGUCUUGGGCAGUUAGCUAUCUGAUAUCAAACAAGCCAAGUAUAAAUGCAACCAAGAAGCACUAAAGCUGGAUUGAGAUCCGACACAUUUAAGCCAGGUGUUGAAAAGGUAUAGAAGCGUUCAUCUCUCAAAGCCGCAGACAUUAUCUUCACUUCUCCCAGGUGUAGCCACAUAGUUUGUCAUUGCAACCACUGGAUGAUCUGUUUGAUUAAAGGGGAACUCCACUAAUCUUAUACAACAGAGAGUUUCCAUGUUUUGGGGACGUCUGCUGUUUAGGUGGGGAAAAAGCUCUAUAAAGCCCUCUAGUGUCUCCAGAGGGUCUGAUAAAUGUCCUAAAAUGAUGUCACUUGAGUCAGGGUAGGGUAUGAAGUUUGAAUAUAAAAACUUGGGGUGUGGGCUGGGCAUUGGCUGGGUGAAUUACGAUACCAGUAACCUUCAAGUGAUACCAAUAUACCAGUCGUGUACUUCAUUCGAUACCCAUAAUGUGAAUGGAGUGGCAUGUAGUAAAUUGGAUAUAUAUAGUAUAUAUAGAAUAGUAUCAAGGAGUCAGGACUGUCCGUGAUCAGACCAUGGUGCAAAAAUGAUCAUCCAGGUAUCCUUUGAUUGGAGAAGUUUUGAUACUCAUUGGUACUCGGUCGAUACCUCGAAGGUAUCGAGUAAUGAUACCCAGCCCCAGGUGUGGAGUUAGAAAGAGGCCAGCUUUCCAGAUCUUUGUAGACUGCUCCUCAUCUCUGCUUCAGACUAGAGGCUGGAGGCUACUUUAGCUACUACUAGCCUUACACACCCGACUCUCCAACUGAACUAUAGAGUGGUGCAGGAAUGAGGACAAGGAGUUAGCAUUUUUGCACUUCAGGUUCCCUCGUCUUGAAGUCAAUGGGUUUUUUUAAAUGAGUUUCUGGUUAGGUGCCUGAAAUAAGGUCUGUGGUUAGCACAAGCUUAAGAGACUUUCUCAUUUCUAUGGCAUAAAAUACGGCACUAUGCCUCAGAUGGGUUCCUGCUGACCCACUUGUACCCCUUGUCUUUGCUUUCAAGUGGCUAAAUGAGACUACAGGACGUCAUCACGCCGAACCUGGCUCUACAGCCUAGUUGUGGUGGUGACAUUGACGUCAUGCGACCAUGGUGUAUUUUGUUCAAAGGGUAAAUGGACCUGCGCCUUUUGAGUCUUCCAACCACUCAAAGCCUUUUUACACUCCAUGUUAAAUUCAUUCAUCCACACAUGGCUGCUACUCAGUUAACCAUUUACAUGCACUUAAAAGCAAUUUGGGCAAUUUGGGAUUCAGCCAAAGGAUAUUUCGACAUGCCGGGAUGGAAUCGCCAGUCUUCCACUCAGUGAACGACCCACUAUGCAUCUUGAGCCACCGCCCCUCGCCCCAGUGGCGCUUAUAGCCUAACAUUAUCUUUUUACUUCCAGCGAUUACAUUUACAAUUCAAAAAAUAUAAAUCUGUGACGAUUAUCUCGGUGAACAAAACAUAUGAGUAUCAUAAACGUUUGUUUGCCACAGACCUUUUUUCUGCAGUAAUCCAAAAUCCAGUUGAAAAAUCCUGAUGGCUUUUUGACGAGGGAACUAGACUGAUGUCAACUUCCGGGUUGGCCUCCACAAAAAUGUCAGCGCCGCUCUACUUUAAAAGAGCUUUGGUUGCCCAGCCCUAACCACACCCGAACCAUUGUCAAUUUUCCAUGAUGACAAUCCAUACCAUGGCUGCCAUGUGCAGAUGUUGUUAAUUUGGCAGAUUGUUGCCAUUGGAUGUUAAAAAAAGCAUAAUCAUUGAACUUUAUCUGGGGUUCACAGGAUCGUCCGAUAUCCGUUCUUAUCUGGCGUUAGGGUUUAGAUAUGGUACCCUUGACACAGUUGGUGUACAGAGGGUUAAACGCAUUUGUCUGUUAGCUUUGAGAGAGAUUGACAACAAUAUCCUUCCCUGUUUUUCACCCAGUGCAUGCUGGGAUAGGCUCCAGCCCCUGGCCUUGAACAGGACUAAGUAGUAGUCUAAGUAGGUCUAAGAUGCGACCUUCUAAGUGUUGCACACACGUCCACAGGAUUCGGUCCCAGCUGAACUUAUGACCACCGUUAACCAUCAGCAGCCUGUCGGAUUUCAUGACACAAUCUGGUACUAAUUUCUGCAGCAACAGUUGAAUUCGUAAAACUUCUCUUAUUUUCAUUUGAAAGUCCUAAAUGGUGCUUUAUCUGAUUUAUUUGCUGGCUACAGAAUUUUUCACUUUGGGGCACAGAAUUACAGGAUUUUGCUGAUUAGUUCUUGCAGACGUUUAGACCUCUACGUAUAUGAUUAGUCUAAGUAAAUUUAAGAAUGAUUAGAAUUAGAUAACCGUCCUACUCUCCUGGUAAACUCACUGUACAGGCAGUCAGAUCAGAAGUACUUUAGUCAUCCUCGACGAGGCCUUACCCACGCACCUCGACGACCAAGAGGACAAGGCUGUGAUUAUGUUGCAUCUUCCCUGUAUUUUUUUUUUCUACAAUCUUUUGUACUGUUAUUUAUACUGUAUUGUAUUUAUAAGUGAGGGGAUGUCCUGAAGCUUUCCUCAAACGUUUUGUUUGUUUGCAGUUUUUUGAUGAUACGAUAAGAAGCAUCAGUCAAAGAGUAUGCCUUCACUUUGAAGCCUUUGCGUUUUGAUAUGUGUGUCUUUUCUAUUAUCUCUAAAGCUGGCUGGUUUUCUGUCACUCGGUGUAGGAAAUGUGCUGCGGUGGAGCUCGGUUCUGUUUCCAUAUAUAUUUCUCUUUCUGUUCACCACUUCCUCCGGUGGCGUCGUCAGGUUAUGUCAGGAUUUUUCUUCCACAUCAUGGAUAUCUCACUGUGUCAUAAAUUUCUGAGCCGCAUGAAUCCAGCAAGUGCUUCAGGCAGUUUACCGCAACAAAUGACAUGCAUUAAAAAACACAAAUUUCUGUAUGUAAUUUGUUGAAAAUGUAAAGACUGUAUGGAGGUCUUCGUUUUAUUGGUUGGAUAUUUUGAAUACAUACAUUGUAGAUCUUAAACACAUAGUUCUGGAAAAGAAAUGGUUCACAACACUCCCAUAAUAAACUGAUACAAGAGUUCAUCGACAACAGCUAUUAUAGAAAUAUUUCCAUAAGCUUUUGGAGAAGUAAAGAAUCAUGGGACGUCUACAGAAAGGUAAGGUGGUGGCAAAUUGUAGCAGCUGUCUGGUGUUUGUGUUUUUUAAGCUAUUUAUUUAUUUUAAUUUUUAAAAAGAAGGGAAUUUAAUUUAACAAAGGGACUAUGUGAAUGACUGGAUGGACACUGAAGCAUGCAUAUUUUUUUGUUUUGUUUCUGUGUGUGUGGAUUACACACACGCUGUAAUGUACAUCAUGUUGAAAGGUUCAGUUCUGAUCUGUCUGAGAACGGGUUGCUAAAUACUCAGGCUGUGCUACCGCUCCACC